UUUAGGUUUCAGAUUGCAUCCCCGUGCCUUUGGAGAGAGUCGUUACAGCUACUCAAUCUCAUCAACGCUAGACAGCCCGUGAACUGCCGAUGUCCCGCAAAACUGGCUUACUUUAGUAUUCAGGUUGUUCUGAGUAUCGCAAAGGGGCCGUUCACUUUGCAACAUUACAGAAAACGUUUGUCCUUUUCGCUUGGUUACUAGUGCGCAGUGAAUAGAGGCUUCUAAAGAAAAUUAACGUCUGAAAUUUAGAAUAGAGGAUUCCCUCAUGUGAUACCAACUCUGCAAAGGGACAUUGCUUCAAGCAUCGAAAGAUACAGUUAUUUUACAGACCUGUGCAACUUUGGAGUAACAUCUUGCUAAUCAAGAAUCAUUUUCGGGACUUGCCUGGAGGGAGAUAAGUAGAUUUCGUUUAAAACAAGCCAAAUAAACAUUUCAGACCUGAAAACCUGACUGACUGAGUAUGUACACCAAGUAUUUGGUCGCGGUCUUGAAUUUUUCAAUGUUAGUGCGUGCGGUAGUGGCUUACGAGUGUACGCCAUGUGAUCUCCGGACGUGCCUCCAGAAGCCCCCGCAUACCUGCGACUACGGCCGAACCCUGGCAAAAGACCCAUGCGGAUGCUGCGAUCACUGUAGUCGGCUGGAAUGGGAACCCUGUGGCGGACCAGACUGGACUUUAGGCUACUGUGGCUUGGGGCUGACCUGCGCUGCUGUCAACAGUACGACAACUGUAGCGCUGCCUGAAAUGGGAAUUUGUAAAGUUUUCCCGGACAGUCCAGAAGCAGGAGUGGAGGAUGAACGCUGCCCCCUUCUGAGCGGAUGCAACAGGGCGGGUGGGCAGUGCUUCUGCGACACGCGGCGCGCCUGCAUCAGCACCUUCACCUACCCCAACAUGGAGGCCUGCAGCAGAGCCACCAGGACAGAGAAUGGGCGCCACAACAGGGAGCACAGGGAGAGGCACAAGUUUGUGGGCCCCGCCAACCCAGCCUGCAUGUUCUCUGGGUGCAAUCUGACCGCGGAGGGCUGCGUGUGCGAGUCCCAGAGCUGCAGCCAUCACUUCACCUACAUCAACCGCAGCCAGUGCCAGGCUGCUGCGGAGGAGCUGAAGUGCGCAGGGAUCACUUGUCCGAGCCUGCCAGUGCUGGAGUGCCCUGAGGAUUCAGCCCUGAGUAAGAGCUACACGCCCCCUGCUGGAUGCUGUCCCUCGGUGCUACCCGUGUGCACCUGUGACUUCCGCACGUGUCAGAAGCCAGAGUGCCCUGGCAGACAGCAGCAGGUCCUGCUCAGAGCCGCUGAGGGUGUCCCCGGGGACUGCUGUGAUAUCUACGAGUGCCAAAGAGUUUCUCCCAAGUGUGUCCACAAUGGGAAGGAGUUUUCCGAUGGUGAGGUUUACCGCAUGGAUCCAUGUUGGCUCUGCCAGUGUCGAGGAGGGAUCUCCUUCUGCUCGAAGGCUGAAUGUGCUGAACUGGACUGCGAGAGCUUCUACAUACCGGAGGGAGAAUGCUGCCCCGUUUGCAUAGAUGUGGAGCUGCUGUCGGAGGACAGCGCGGAGGCCAGCUGCUGGGUGAACAACAAGCUGCGGCGUCACGAGGAGCAGUGGAAGGAGGACGACUGCACCUUCUGCCAGUGCGUGGACGGGGACGCCCACUGCACCGCCAUGGCCUGCAAGCAGAGCUGCCAGAACCCCGUCAAGAUACCCGGGGAGUGCUGCCCCUUCUGCGAGGAGCCCUCUUACGAGACGGUGAGCCCCAUCCUGUGUCCCCGCCUGGAGAACUGCACUCUGUCAGGGAAAGACUGCCCCUACGGCUUCCUGCAAGACAACAACGGCUGUCUGCUCUGCCAGUGCCUCAACAAUGAUUCCUGCCCUGACCUGGAGAAGUACUGCUCUCUGCAGUGCGCCUUUGGCUAUGAGAAGGACGACUUUGGUUGUGAAGUGUGCGAGUGCAAACCUCCAACGCCCAAAUGUCGACCACUAGCUUGCAGCAAGACCUGCCCCAAUGGUUACGCGAGGAACAAACAUGGCUGUGAGAUGUGCCGUUGUGUAAAAUGCGCACCCUUCACCUGUGACAAGCAUUGUGCUGAUGGCUACAGGCAGAACAGGAAAGGCUGUUCCAUCUGCCACUGCAAAGAGAGCAGCCAUACCCCGAGCACCACGACCCCGGUCCCAGCGCUCAGCUACUGCCUGACCGCUAACGGGCACCGCUACGAGGAAGGGGAGAGCUGGCACGACGGCUGCCGGGACUGCUACUGCCACGGCGCCCGGGAGAUGUGCGUGCUCAUCACCUGCCCGGCGCCCAGCUGCCCUCACCCCGUGGUCCGGCCCGACCAGUGCUGCCCCACCUGCGAGGACGAGUCGGGCAGCGGACAGCCCGAGGGAGUGGACCUGGUGGUGUGCAGGGCCCCCGGAGGGGAGUUUUACGUGGAGGGGGAGACGUGGCAACUGGACGAGUGCACGCGCUGCACCUGCAGGAAAGGGCGGGUCUUGUGCGACACCGAAGUGUGUCCCCCUGCCCUCUGUCCAGCCCCGACCAGGAACAAGGACACCUGCUGCUACGUCUGCCCAGAGGACCAGCUCAAGCCUCUGCUGCCGGUCAACAGCAGUCAGCUGGAGUACUGCAUCUCCAGCGACGGGGACGUGCUCCUGGCCGGCGACUCCUGGAAGGCCAAUGCCUGCACCAGCUGCACCUGCAGCAACGGCACCAUCCAGUGCUUCUCCCAGCGCUGCCCGCCAGCCAACUGCAGGGUGCCCGUGCUGCGAAAGGGCCAGUGCUGCCCGCACUGCCUGGAUAUUACAACAACCACGACUCCAUUGAUGGUGACCUCAUCGCCUAAAGAGAACGUGACUGUGGCGGAAGAUGGUGGAGUCUGGAUGACUACCGAUAGGCUGCCGCCUAUUGUUGUGGCCACAGAUGGGAAAGGCCUUGGUGAGGGUUUCCCCAGCCAGGCUGAGGUGGUGCUGAUCUACCAAUCGGCAGCCUGGAUCCUCGCUGGGCUCCUCCUGGCCAUCGUCAUCUUCCUGAUUGUGGCCCUACUCAUCAACAAGAAGAAGAAGUGGGUGCAGAUGUCCUGCUACAGUGCACCUAAAAAGACAGUGAUCCUGAAGAAGCACGUGAACAAGAACUCCGUGGUGUACAUGGAGCCGUCGAAGGAGAACAAGUUCCAGAGCGUGAAGAACGACUGCGGCGUCAACUUCUCCCCGGAGGCGGGGUCCCCCUGCGGGGAGAGGAUGGGCAUCCCCCGCGCCAAACUCAGCCACGGGCCCAGCCGAGUACUGCGCUAGGGCCACCCCUCGCCCCAAAUCCCCAGAGCGCUCUGUCUUCCCUUCAAACACUUCUGCAAAAAAAAAAAAAAAAAGUUUUCAAUUCACAAGAGAAGCCCAUCUUGGAUACUCAAAGGCCUCAUUGAGAGAACGGAGUCUCCUCUCCAUUGUAAAUGAAGUCCCAGCGUUUCAGUGCUGUCUCAUGAUCGCUUUGUUGCUGUUUGUUGCGGUUUCCAAGUUUGGAGCUUUAAGUCGCCCUUUUUUGUCACAAGGGAGAAAGGGAGCCAUACUUACCAGGACAUGGACCUGCUGGGUGGGACAGUGCUUACAGCGAGGGGGCGUGGCUGGAUGGGGGCCAGGACAGUGAAAGCCAUCUUAUAUCCUCUAUACUUAGUGGCAAAAUGAAUGACAACAGGAACAAUGCUGAUGAAGACCAUUAUCAAAAAAAGCUUUAGGAUGAGUGGAUUCCAAAAUCUUUAUGUUUUAUAUUUACAUGUGUAUUAGUUGUUGUAGUAUUAUUCCUAGUCAUUUCUCUGCUAUCGUUACUGAUGUAUUGCUGGUGGCAAAAUUAACAUUUAAAGCUGUGAUCACCCAACUAAACAUUCCCUACAUGUAGGUUCUUCCCACACAAGUCUGUUCAUUUCAAAGUUAACACUCAUGGCGAACGCCAUGAAUAUCUGUGAAUACAAUGUGCUUUAGAGGACAUCAUGAGCACAAGAUGUACAUUUCUAUCUUAACAAGUUUACCGUUUUAUUUAGCUCCAAACUAUAUUUGUAACCCUACCCUGCCCACUUUCAAAAAUGCUUUAUCUUUUGGAAACAUACGUGAAAAUGUGCUUCUCAUAUCUCGAGGUACCAUUAUUAUAGGAUGAAAUUAUUUUGUGUGAAGGAUCUUAUUUUGGGCUCUGCUACGCCCCCCCACCCCCCCCCCCCCCCACCCCCCCAGCUAGCUGCCUGUGCAUUUCCGCUUGCAGCAGUGCCAUGGUAGCACUGAUACAACGCAAGAAGAAAUCGCCAUCAAAUAACCGGUCGAGCAUCUCGUAUGCUUUGAACCAAGGAGGUGCCAUGGUAAUGGCACCAGAGAUUUUACUUCGGGUCAACCAGACCAGCCCUGGCAGAACCUGGUGGUCACCACUCCGGAAUCAUCCAUCUGGAGUUCUCUGGGGAAAUCAGGAAUCAGGAUGGCAUGCUUUAAUGGCUUUCUUACAGCAAUUCAUUCAGAGUUAAUAUAUUUAGAGAAUGUAAAAAUACUGUUUUUGUAAUCAUCCUGAAAGAGGACUUUUUCGUAGCCUUAUUUAUUUUCAUUUAUACUCCAGCGUUCGUGUUAAUGGUGUAUGAGGCCUGAUGUGUGUUGAGUUCAUGCCUGGUUUGCUUUUGGAAACUUUUGGCACAGAAUGUUUAUCUGAAAUGUUUGGAGGUUCCUCCUUUGUUAGGAACAGAACUGAGAAUUCUGUACUCCAAUAUAGGGUUUUUCAUCAUAUAUGGCUUACAUUGUUCAUCUUUCUUAUAAAUGGUCUGUGGCAACUACUAGUUUGUGGCAAUAUUUGUAAUGGGGUUAGUUGAAAUGAGCUGUGAAAGAUGAACACUUUCUUGAGGAAGUGUUCAAUUCAAAACACUUGUGAAUUUCUUGUUGUUUUACAGGUUUCACAAAGUGUUUUAAACCCUACUUUUAUAAAAAAACAAAAGGCAUUGUGAAUUCAAUAAACCACUCAUGUAUACACUAACAACUCCGCUUAGCACAGUUCCAGAAACAUGCAUCUCAAAUAGACUGAUAUUUCUUUUUAUACGUACCAUUCUCUCUGUAAACGUAGGAGUGUCUCUCGGCUACAUGGUCUGUCAUUCACAAAGAGAAUCAUGAUGCCAAAGCAAAAAUGAAAAAGGAAAACAUUGAAAAACUAAGAUGAUGAUUUUGGAUGGAAUGAACUGCAACCACAUGCUUUAAAAUGCUACUUGUAAAAGCUUUCACGGUUUUUUAUUUUAUUUCUGUGUGUAAAAAGGUAGAUGAAAGUAGUGGAAAGAAAAGUACCUUAUUUAUUUUUUCACAUAGCUUUAUUUAUUAAUACUAAACUAUAGUUUAACAUGUCAACAUGUCAUCUUGGUAGCCGAAGCUGCUGUACAUUUUAGGUAUUGUAAGCCAUUCCCUCUUAUCAGCUCUUCUUUUCAGGCUUAUUUAUUUUUGCAGUUGCAAACUGUAAAUAUAUAAUUUCUUAGAUGUUGAACUGUAAUAUUUACACUUGUUUUCUUGAAAAAUAAACUGUGUGAACCAUA